AUGUAUAUCCCACAUCGCUUUGCUAGGCAGCAUGAGUUUCAUCAAAGAUUGCUAGCUGAUGGGUUAGGGAAAGGGAAAUCCCUUCCUACAGUAGCUAAAGCUCCUUCAAGUCUUCGAAAACGGGACACUUCAAAGGAUUGUUUGAAUUCCCAAGAACAACCAGUUCCGAAGAUGUUAAAGGUCACAACACCUGUUUCAAGAUCAGCUAAUGUUCGACUUGUUCAUCCUUUAAACAUCCCAGAGUCUACUGAAGCACUUCAAGAGAGGUGCCAAACAAGAGCUACAGAAGCUGAGCAUAAUUUGGCUUGUGUCCGGUUAGAAGAUGGUGCAAAUCAUAGCACUAUAAAGUCUCUCACAAGCAGGGUUGACCCAUCUUGUGAUGCUCUGAAUGACUUAUCAAAUUUUUUAGAAUUAUCCCCGCGAUCCCGCAAUAAAGCUUUUCCUCCACUCCCAGAUCUUGCCACAUUAAAUUCCAUCCCAGGUAUUUGUGGAGACCAAAAUCUUGACAAUGAUAUCAUUGGAGCUUUAUUUGAUGACAACGAUCGGACCAUGUCCAUUCUUUCUGGCAGUGGUGAAAUUUUUCCUUUGGUUGAUGGAGAAAAUGCCAAUCCAUGUGAAGGGGAAGUUAAUUCUAAAACAAACCCUUCAUGUGCCAUACAAGCAAGGCAAGAAGCAAUUAAUAAUUCUGUUAGGAAUACUCUUCCUGAGCCUUAUGGACCUGGUGAAGCGCAAUCUCCAAGACUAAUGCCAAUGUUUUCAUCUGUCUCAGGUAUAUUUCAUUAG